AUGGCUGAUACCACCAAAAGUCCAGCAGAUAUGGAGGCACCUGCAGAGCCUUCAAUGGAGGAGCUCAAGGCCCUGCCGAACAACACCCAUCCAAAUUGGAUCAAGGACGACGGCCUGAGGAAGUUGAACUUCGGGAUACUUUUCAUGUACUCAACUGCGUCCUCGGCGGGGUACAUUGGGAACUUGGUAAAUAGCCUGCUGGUGCUCCCUGAAUUUGGCGUCAUCGUCGGUGGCCUUGAUCCGAACAUAGUCGGAUUGAUCAUCGCAGCAUGUUCUCUCGGCGCAUUCAUCUCUUUCGCACCAGCGUCCUAUAUUGCUGAUAGGUUCGGGCGCAAGAUAUGCGUCGGAAUCGGAGCCGCUCUGACUAUCGUCGGAGGGGUCGUCGGGGCCGCGAUUCAGGAUCACUGGGCCUUUUUCGGUGCAAGAAUUCUGUCGGGUAUCGGUAUGGGUAUUGCCCAGACUGCGGCUCCUCUCCUGGCCACCGAGAUCGCGCAUCCACGUCAGCGCCAGACUGCCACGGCGCUUUACAAUGCGUGUUGGUGUUUAGGGGCUAUUGGAUCAGCGGCUGUCACCUAUGCAACGAUUGGAUUGGCCAACAGCUGGUCGUGGCGAGUGCCUUGCCUGCUGCAAGUAGCAUAUCCCCUGUUUCAAAUCUUAGGAUUAGUGUUUUUCGUACCCGAGAGCCCAAGAUGGCUUGUGUCAAAGGACCGAAGGGAUGAAGCACUGGUUAUACUGGAGAAGUACCACGCCAACGGGAGCACAGAAGACGAGUUGGUGAAGCAUGAGUUCGAGCUGAUCUGCACCACGAUCAGAGCCGAGAUGGACAACACCAAGGGCUGGAGCUCGUUCUUCGAGUCCAAGGGAGAUGUUCACCGUUUGACCAUCUGUGUGCUGGUUGGAUUGAUGCAGGAAUGGGCUGGAAAUGGGAUCCUGUCGUACUAUCUCGCCCCGAUUCUCGGAUCGGUGGGCAUCACCAAAUCUGCAGACCAAGCCGGUGUCAACGUGGGCCUGCAAGCCUGGAACUUCGUCAUGUCAGCAGCCGGCGCUGUUGCGUCCGAACGAUACGGUCGCCGUCUUCUUUGGCUGCUUUCCACGUGUAUCAUGAUCGUCUUUUUGUCAUCGUCCACCUUGGCUGCUGGUCUAUAUGCUGAACAGCAUAUCUCGUCUGCUGGGUUGGCCACGGUUCCUCUCCUUUUCCUCUUUUUUGGAGGAUACGACAUUGCUUAUGCCCCCCUGUUCAUCUCGUAUCCCGCUGAGAUCCUACCCUUCCAGCUGCGCGCCAAGGGGAUUGCUGUCACCCUCUCUGUGGAUGCUGUGGCUUGUUUCUUCAACCAAUAUGUCAACCCAGUGGCGUUCACGGCUAUCCAGUGGAGAUAUUACUGUGUCUUCCUUGGGUGUCUGGUUGCAUUCUUGGCCCUGAUCUACUUCCUAUUCCCGGAAACAAAGGGACGAUCGUUGGAAGAGAUUGCAAUGAUUUUCGACCAGGAAGACGAAUCAAGGCGAGAUGAGAAAAAGCCAGUCGACCCACACCCCCCGCUUGAAUCCCACCAACGAGCCCCAACCUCUCCAAGUUCGCCCUGCAUCAUGAAAGACCCAUCCAGCCCCAAACAGCUUCGCUUCCUCGUCAUAGGCGCUGGUUCUCGUGGCAAUGCCUACGCCCGUGCCGUGACCAAUGCUACAACAGGCGUCAUUCACGCCGUGGCCGAACCGCAUGCCGUGAAACGCCGCGAAUUCGGCCGCAGCUACAUAUGGGAAAGAGCUUCCAGCGCUGGGCAGGAGUUCGCAGAUUGGCGCGAAUGGCUAUCGUACGAACUUGAGCGCCGAAACUCGCCCAAUUCAACUAGCACUGUUGGCGUGGAUGGUGUGUUUAUCUGUACAUUGGACGAAACACAUGUGGAGAUUGUCCAGGCUCUUGCUCCACUGAAGCUUCACAUGCUCUGCGAGAAACCCCUUGCUCUCUCGUUGGAUGAUUGUUUGACGGUUUACCGCACGCUCCAGCCGCCACAGGGCUCGAUUCCAGCGCCUGCGGAGAAGAUAUUCUCAAUCGGGCAUGUCCUUCGGUACAGUCCGCAUAACAUCCUCCUCCGAAAACUCCUCGCAGAUCGCGCAAUUGGGGACAUAGUUUCCCUCGAACAUUGUGAACCUGUCGGGUGGUGGCACUUCUCACACAGCUAUGUGCGCGGGAACUGGCGACGCGCCACACCUGCGGGGGAUGGGUCCCUCCUUACAAAGUCUUGUCAUGAUAUUGAUUUCAUCAUGUGGCUCCUCUGUUCCCCGCCUAGCCCGGAUGCGGGCACGCAGCAAACACUCCAGCCUCAUUUUCCGCGGUCCAUCUCCUCUGCUGGAACUAUGACGCAGUUUCGUCGCAAGCGCAAACCCGCCGCUGCGGGUGAUGCGACGAAUUGUCUCUCCUGUCCUGUGGAGCGAGACUGUAGCUAUAGUGCUGUGAAGAUCUAUAAUGAUCGGCAUUUGGCCCAAGGACAUGCGGCCUGGCCUGUUGAUAUCGUUUGUCCUGAUAUCGAGGAUGUUUUCCGUUCGCAAGGAAGCAAAGCUGCCGAGUCGUUGCUCCUCUCCCGUCUCGGCGAGGACUACGAUCGAGCUACGGUGGCCGAUGAGACUAUAGCCUCACGGCCCUGGUAUGGGCGGUGCGUUUAUGAGGCAGAUAACGAUGUCUGUGACGACCAGGUGGUGACGCUCGCUUGGGACGACGAAGAAACGGUGCCACAUCGGCUUGCCAAAACGGCCUCCUUCCACAUGAUCGCCCCUACCGAAAAACAAUGUGAGCGACGAGGCCGGGUCUAUGGUACGACCGGUGAAAUCUCGUAUGAUAGUCACUCGAUCUCAAUCUACGGCUUUGCAACACAGAAGACCUCUACCAUUAAUGUGCCAAAGCCCCCUCCUGACCAGAAGGAGUCACAUGGCGGUGGUGAUUACGGACUUGCCAGGCAGUUUGUCGGUGCCGUCGAGGCAGUUGAGAACGGCGGGUUGGACGUUGAAACCGCACAGGCACGGUUUGUUGGGUGCUCGCUCGAAGAAGUGGUUCGCAGUCAUGCCGUUGUAUUCGCGGCUGAGGAGGCCAGGCGGGAAGAGAAGGUUGUGAAAUGGGAAACCUGGUGGAGUGACAAAUUGAGAGACUCUGCUGCUGCAUGGAAGGCGAGAGCGUAG